AACAAAAUGUCGAUAUAAUAUUUUUGUCUUGAACGUCAGCCAUGAUCACAUUUUUAAAGCGUCUAAAGGUGUCAAGUCAAGUUAAUAUGAAGGUCCAGAGUAAUCCACGUGUUUCUAUAAAACAAACCAAAAAAAUGAAGAAGAAAGUGCAAAUAACUCCAAAUGUUAGUGCUAGCCUAUACGUUGCACAGGAAUUGAAGUUUAUCAAAUGUCUAGCGGGAAACGACCCGCGGUUGAGUGAAAAGGAACUGAAAAAGCUUGGCAAAUGGCUUCAAUUACGUAGCAAUAGCUCGAAUCCUUUCUCCGAUCAGGACAUAAUACAUUUGUGGAAGGGGCUCUUCUUCUGCAUGUGGAUGUCUGACAAACCAUUAACACAAGAAAAACUAGCUGAAAAUUUGGCAAGUUUGCUUCAUUCAUUCGACAAAAAGGAUGUCUCAAUACGGUUUUAUGGUGCAUUCCUAAAAAUUAUGGGAAAAGAAUGGUUCGGUAUUGACCAAUGGCGCAUCGACAAAUUCAUGAUGCUGGUUCGGCGGGUGACCAGACAAAUAUUCGUUGUGUUGCACGGUCACAAGUGGGACAAAAAACUUAUCAAACAACUGAAUGAACACGUCGAAAAAAGCAUUCUGGACAAGUCAACAUCAAUUGGAUUUUUAAUGCACUUCACCGAAAUUUUCCUCGACGAACUAGCGAAGGUGUCUGUGGGAAAAAUUUCCAGAUCAAAAGUUACAUUGCUGUUGCAACCGUUUGCUAUGUGCGUAGCGACACAACGGGAUCCGAAAAUCGUCGCUCACACAAUAAAGCACAUAUUCGACGGUCUAUUAUAUCAAAGUGAUUUGGGCAGAGCAUACACAGAAAAGUUCGAGGCGUGGAAAAACAUGGGUUUUCCUGGCACAUCGAUUGACGAAUUAGAACAGGUGUCCGACGAAAAUGCAAAUGAUACGGCAAGUGAAACGGCUGACAGUGAUGAUGAGGGAGAUGAGUCGAACAUUACGUCCGCAAUGGAUCCACGGGCUGGUCGUGUGGAUGUCGUUGUACCAGAAAUACCAUUCGAUCCGGAGGAUAUCAUAAAGAAAUUGGAACAGUAUAAAAAUGGGCCGUGCACAAAUGUUAAAAGCAGGAAAACGAUACGGAAAAUUAUCGAUCGUUACACAACGUUUGCGACCGGCAAAUUUCCGUUGGGUAUACAGAACAUGAAAAUCAACGAGACGCCAAUCGAUAUGCCAAACAUUGAAGAUAAAGCGCAAGAGAUGAUUGACUUCGAAACGGAACUGCACCAGCCGUCAAGAGACAUAAAGAAAUUGAACAAGAAAAAGCGAAAGAAAGUGUUGAGUGGUGCAGAAGUGGUACAGCCAGCGAAAAAAGCCAAAAUCUGCAAGGUUGACGACCCCAAGCUGAAGAAGAAGAAAUCGGUGGAAACAGAUCAGUGGGUGGAAACGGACUUAACCCCAGAAGAGAUUUCAGUUGACGUUAGCAAUUCAUGUCCGGACCAAUCUAUGAACGGUAGCUCCGCGGAUCCCGAUAUGGAAAAUGUGAUCAACUCAACAACCGGACCAUUUACUGUCACCGAAGGAUGGGAUACACCAUUACAGGAGGGAGAAGUGGAAUAUUUCAUUUCAAAAAGCAAUCUAAAGCAACGAAUCGGCGAUGCCAACAAGAAACAGACCAAUUUGGACGACAGUCAAUCGAAGCAAUUUUCGAGUCCAGCUGCGGGCAGAAAACACAAACUGAAAGCGACGACAUUGACGUCGACACCAACACCAACACCAAGUACACCAAAUGGACCAUCCACACCAUCCACGCCUAGCAAUGCUGAAAAGAAAGUUAAAAUUAUGUUACAAUUGAACCGUAGCCAAGACACAAGUGAAUACAUUCGACAGUUAAGAAGUUCGCCGAAAAUACCGUACGACAGUGCUAAGAAACCAGGUAAAGGACUGUUAAAACCGAAUUCGGUACCGAGCCCAAUCAAUCCUUUUUAUAAAAAGAAGAUAGGAUUAGAAUUUUAAGUUUUUUUUUCUUUUGGUUUCUUUAAGUUUUAUUUUUUUGAAAAUUACAACGAUGUGUGCCUAACGUCCAUCGCUGAAUUGGCUGAGUGAUCAGGUUGCACUACAAAAUGAAAAUUUGUAAAAUUAUAAGAUUUUGUCGUUUCGACACAAUGCACCGAAAUCGUAAUUAAAUGCAGAAGCAAUCUUUAACCACAGUUGACUAUUAAUGAUGCGGCGUAAAUGCAGUGAAUUUUCAUUAUUGUUGAAGAAAGUUUUUUUUUUAUUUACAUUAAAUUAUGUGACACAUAAAAUGCUAAAACGAGUUUUAUGCC